AGAAAUUCACAGUUUUUCAUAUAUAUAUACACACACACACUUACACUUUGCCGAUUUAGUGCAGGUCAUAGGCUUUUUAAUUUACGCAUUAAUUUUAUCUAUAUAGCGUAUGCAUAUAUUUGUCUGUUCUUUAUGUUUACUUUAAUCAUUAUCUUUAAAAUAACUGAAAUUUCUAUGUAAUAUAGAUACAGUAUCAGAUGUUUGAAGAAGAAUAUAAGCAAAAUAAAUCAAUGAUAGUGCCUGAUGUUGAAUCACCUCCAAAGACAGUUAAUUUGCAUAAACCGAAAUUUACUACUAGAAGAUUUUAUCCGCCAUUGCCUACUUUAAAGUCCCAAGAAAAAGCAGAUAUAAAACCUAAAGUAUUUGAUGAAAAUGUUUUAGUUUUACCUCAUCCACCACUGGAACAUCAGCAAAUAUACAAUAAAAAAGGUUUGCCUGUAGUUGAUGUUUGUGUUGAUGCCUUCUUAACCAGACAACUCAGACACCAUCAAAAAGAAGGAAUUAUUUUUAUGUAUAAAAGCAUAUUAGGAUUCCAGCAUGAAUAUGGCCAUGGUGCAAUUCUUGCAGAUGAAAUGGGUUUGGGAAAAACUCUUCAAUGUAUAGCUCUUAUAUGGACUCUAAGUAAACAAGGUCCAUAUGGUGGUUUACCAGUGCUAAAGAGAGUUAUUAUUAUAACACCAUGCAGCUUAGUAAAUAACUGGAAAAAUGAGUUUCAUAAAUGGUUGGGCAAAUCUAGAUUGCAAAUAUUUGCCAUAGAUAAAAAACAUACAGUUAAAGAGUAUUCUGAAUCUCCUAAGAGUAUACUUAUAAUUUCCUAUGAAAUGUUCUUACGAUCUGCUAAAUUGCUUUCUUCCAUCAAUUUUGACCUGGUUGUUUGUGAUGAAGGCCAUCGCAUAAAAAACUUGAACAUAAAAAUUUCUAAUGUUGUCAAUUGUCUUUCAACCACACGUAGAAUUUUAUUGACUGGAACACCAAUACAGAAUGAUUUAGCUGAAUUUUUUUCUAUAGUUGAUUUUGUCAAUCCUGGGACACUUGGUUCCAUACAAUGUUUCAGAAGAACAUUUGAGAAACCAAUUGUCCUUUCUCGAAAUCCAGAAUGCACUGAACAGGAAAAGGAAUAUGGUGAAGAAAGACGUGAAGAACUUAGUAAAAUAGCAAAUACCUUCAUGCUACGUCGAACACAUGAUGUCAUUCAUAAAUAUUUGCCCCCAAAGUCUGAGACUGUUGUAUUUUGCCGUCCAACAAAUUUACAGAAAAAUUUGUAUAAACAUUUUCUACAGUCUAGAGAUAUUGAAGCCAUCUUAUCUGAAAAUAUACAAGUAGACCCCUCUAUGCAUUUAGUAUAUAUUUCUAUUCUCAGGAAAUUAUGCAACCAUCCAUUAUUAGUGUAUCAAGCAGACAAUAUGCAUAGUGAUAUCAGCAAUAUUUCUGUUCUCGAUUAUAUGAAAUCAGCAUUUCCUUUUGGUUAUAACCCAUCAAUACAGGAUUCUGGGAAAAUGAGGGUUCUUGAAAAAAUGUUAACAGCCUUAUUUUCACAAAAGAAAAGAAAAGAAAAAAUAGUUAUUGUUUCUUGUUUCACUCAGACACUUAAUAUAAUAGAAGAUAUGUGUAAAAAGAAAAACUAUGAUAUUCUACGACUUGAUGGCUCUACAUCUGCAUCAACCAGGCAAGAAAUUGUAGAUAUAUUUAACCUUUCGUAUACUAAGUUCAAAAGCAAACACUAUCAGUUUCUGCAUUAA